CAUUCAAGUAGAAAGGAGAAAAUAAGUCGUCCUCUCUACUAAUACAAGAAAAAGAAAAAGGGGGAAAACACACACACAUAUUAAAGAGAGAAAUUAACACAGAGUGUGUGAAAAGAAAAGAAGAGAAAAUGGAAUGGAGGAAAUGUUAUUUGGAUGUGAUAUUAGUUCCAUUAGGGUUUAUGAUAAGCAUGGCAUAUCAUGCUUGGUUAUGGCAUAAGGUUAAGACACAACCUCUUUCUACUAUUAUUGGAACCAAUGGUAGUGGCAGACGUUUAUGGGUUUCUGCUAUAAUGAAGGAUAAUGAUAAGAAAAACAUCUUGGCUGUUCAAACAUUCAGAAACACAAUAAUGGGAUCAACCCUAAUGGCCACAACCUCAAUCCUUUUAUGCUCUGGCCUAGCUGCUGUGAUAAGUAGCACUUAUAGUGUCAAGAAACCAUUAGACGAUGCUGUUUAUGGGGGCCAUGGAGAAUUUAUGGUGGCACUAAAAUAUGUGACACUAUUGCUAUUUUUCCUCUUCUCAUUCAUUUGUUAUUCCAUAUCAAUUAGGUUCAUCAACCAAGUGAAUUUCCUCAUCAAUUGUCCACCAGACCAUUUGGGAAUAUUGAGUACUGGAUAUAUUUCAGAGUUACUUGAAAAAGCCUUCAUUUUGAAUACUGUGGCUAAUAGGUUGUUCUAUGCUGCAUUAACACUUGUACUUUGGAUCUUUGGGCCUGUGUUAGUUUUCUUGAGUUCUGUUAGUCUUGUAACAGUGCUUUACAAUCUUGAUUUUGUGAUUUCUCAUGAUGAAAAGGGAAAAAUGAUACAUCAUCAUCAUGAGAAUGGAAAUGGUGAUGAAUUUGUAAUAUCUGUCUGAUGGAAAAUAAUGAGAAACUUGACUAUGGAAUAUUAUCAAUAAGAAUGUGGUU